UGCCAUUGAAUCAAUACAAGAAAAAGAGCAAACGUCGCUUUCUUAUGACGCAGACGUGUGUAUGACAUUGGUGUGGCGUGAAUGAUCUGAGCAGGUCAGGAUGGCCCUGUCGUUGUCCGGGGUGAUUUUGCCCAAACUGAUGCAGCAGAGGGCUUUCAGCGUCUCAGCAGCUGUGGCCGCAAUUCAGAAGUUAACACGCGUGAGGGUGGUCGACAACAGCGCUCUCGGAAAUGCCCAUCACCACCGUCCACCAAAAGUCAUUCAUGUAUACACCAAGAAUGGAAUCGGGAAAGUGGGAGACAGAGUCUUACUGGCCAUUAAAGGACAGAAGAAAAAAGCUCUCAUAGUAGGUCACAAGAUGCCUGGAGCUCGAAUGACCCCACGCUUUGACUCAAAUAAUGUGGUGUUGAUCGAAGAGAAUGGAAACCCCACAGGAACAAGAAUAAAAGCUCCUAUACCAACACAUCUGCGCAAAAUGGAGGGGGAAUACUCUAAACUGUUAGCCAUUGCUCAGCGAUUUGUUUAAAUUGGUGUUUUUGUAUUCUGGGAGGAACUACUUAUCUUUGUAAAUAUAAAAAAAAUAAUGUUCAGGUAACCAUUCAGGUAAUUAACCUUCAUGGUUACUUGUGGAAUAAUUUCUAAUAAAAAUGUGGAUGAAACUA